AUGGCGAUGGACUCGCCGGCCUCAGUGGCAGGCUUCGGCCAACGCAUCGCCGCCAGCCAGAAGGCGGGGCAAUGGAGGGAGGCGACCUGGUGGCUGCAGAGCAUGGUGCGCAAGCAGCUGGCGCCCAAUGACGUGGCCUGCAAUAUGGUCAUCAACACCCUGGCGAAGCGCGGCCAGUGGCAGCGCGCGCUGGCGCUCCUGGUGCAGAUGCCACAGAUGCAGGCGGCGCCGGACCCCAUCAGCUACAGCAGCUCCUUGGGCGCCUGCGCAGCAGCGGGCCAGUGGGAGGCCGCCCUGGCGCUGCUCAAGGCCAUGCCGGAGCGCCACAUGGCCCCGGACGUCGUGAGCUACAACUGUGCCAUCAGCGCCUGCGCGAAGGAAGGCCCCUGGCGCGCGACGCUGCAACUCCUCGGAGAUUUGAAGGCCCAGCGCCUGGUGGCAGACGUGGUGCUCUGCAACGCCGUCAUCAGCGCCUGCAAGGCUGCCUGGCCGGCCGCUUUCUGGAUCUUGGGCUCCAUGCGCGAGGUGCGUUUGCCUGACGUGGUGAGCUAUAGCGCCGGCAUCAGCGCUGCAGAAGCAUGGCCGCAAGCGCUACGUUUGCUCAAAGAGAUGCGGAGAGAAGCGCUCCGCGGCAGUGUGUGGAGUUUCAGCAGCAGCAUCAACUGCUGCGCCGAGACUUUGGCUUGGCCAAACGCCUUGGACCUGCUGUUUGCCAUGCGCGCGACCCAGGUGGAGCCCAACCACUUCUGCGAGAGCUCGGCGGUGAGCUCCUUGUGCUGGCCCAAGGCCCUGCACGUCUUACAGGUCCCGAAGAAGGUGGCCUGUGGUGCGCUGGUCGCUGCCUGUGCCAAGGCCUCCGCCUGGGAAGCGGCGCUGGGGUGCCUCCAGAGGAUGCAAGAGGCCCAGAUCACCCCCGGCGCCGUCGAGGUCGGUACAGUGGCAGCAGCGCUUGGUCAAGCCAGAGGGCGUGAGCAGGCAUGGCAGCUAAUGCGGAGCAUGGCUGAGCUUUGGCGGACUCAUGGCGAGGCCCCUCCUGUCAACCUGGAAGGCAUCUUGAAGCAAGGCAAGGGGAUCUUGGUGGCCAACAAGCCUGAAGGCAUCUCCACAGAGAGAUUUGCCGCCCGACUGUCGGCGCGGCUGGGCCACCGCCCGCUGUCGCUGAUCUCGCGCCUGGAUUUCCCCACCUCAGGCGUGCUGCCGCUGGCGUUGGGCGCCGAGGCGUCCUUUGGAGCGCGCUGGUUCCAGGCGCAGCUGGCGGCACGGCUGGUGGCCAAGGAAUACCUUUGCCUCUGUGAGGGCUUGCCUAUGGGCUGUGUGGGCACCCGCGGCCGCGUGAGCGCACCUCUGCGCACCUUGCUCCUGGACAGCCACAGCAGCCGCAGCGAAGUUAGCCCCGAAGGGCGGGAGGCGUGCACGGAGUACGAGGUGCUGCGGCGUUACAGCGCGCCCGGGUGCAAGGCGAGUGAAGAGGAGCGUGAGCUGAUGCUGGUGGCAGCUCAACCCAUCACUGGGCGCACUCAUCAAAUACGCGUGCACUUCGCCUUUUUGGGUCGGCCCUUGGUGGGGGACCUCACCUACAGCAGGCAGUGGAGUGUGCAGUGCCCCCGGCUUUUCCUGCACUGCAGGCGUUUCAGCUGCCAGGAUUUGUCCUUCGCCCCUUUCGUGGCGGAAUGCCCGCUGCCGGCAGAGCUGCAAACGCUGCUGGACCGCCUCGACAGUGUGGAGGACCCAGCCACGUACGAUACUGGCGAUGCGGAGGAAGAGGACCUCGGGCUCGGGCUGGCUCGGUGUCCUGGCAGUAGCGUGAUUUUCCACCACGAGGACGAUAUGGACAGCUUGAUGAGCCGAGUUGUGAGAAUUCUGAAGAGCCUCACGGCCAAGAACAGAAAGAAGAUUGUGAGCCAGCGCCUUUCCCAGACGAAGUUGCAGAUCCACAUCCUUCGCCUCGUACGCGCCGCAAAGACGGUGCAAGAGGAUCGCUCGAUUCGUUACGUCAAGAGCUUGGAAGAUGCAGUGGAGAAGCACGUGAUGCUCACAUCCAUCGUGGAACGCAUACGUUCCCUCAUGCACCUGGAGCAAAUGUGGCUGCAGAUCAGGCAGGCGUACCUGGACUUGCUGGUUGCGCUUGGCAAGGCGGCGGCUCAGCGCGAUGCCUUGCGCGCCGUGCGCCCGAAGGCGUCAGGCCGCUUUACUCAUACCUUACACGUGGCGUACCUGCUUAGCGAAGGCAUUCAUUGGUCCUGCCCGCACGGCAAGCGCCAGAUGCAGAUUCAACGGGCCACGAGGUAUGUGCGAUCACAGGGGUUGGCCCACCAGCAGAAGGCUUUGGAGGAGUUGAUGGCGACAGUCGUCGCCGCCAAUUGGCCACACACCGCGGUGGUACCAAUGAACGAGGCAGAGGAGGAGUUUCAGCACUAUGGGCUUUGGAGCUACAUCCCCUGGAUUUGGCACUCCGAGAAGCAGCGCGGACACGCGCGGCGGAAAGCAGGCGCAGGGCAACGCUGGGCGGUUUUCCUGGAGGCGGCCACCAUGGUGGAUCCGGAGGCUCUGAGAAACCUCUUGGCCAGCUAUGACGCCAAGGAGGUUUGGCCCUUCAAACCAAAUUGGCGGAAAUGA